AUGGAUGAAGCAGAUACGCCACUACCAGAUUUAUAUAAAAAAUUAAUUAACACACAUAAUUAUUAUAUUGAUAAAACAACGUUAUAUGUAAAAACAAGAUGGUUUGUUUUACUGGGUUUAUUUAUUAUGUACGUCCUUAGGAUAUAUUAUGUAACGGGGUUUUAUGUGGUGACAUAUGCGUUGUCUAUUUUUCUAUUAAAUUUGUUUUUGAGAUUUUUAACACCACACAAUAUAGAAGAAAUAUAUGAGCAAUAUGAAAAUGAAAAUAACGGCUUAUUGCUACCUAUGAAGCAUACGCCAGAACCAAAAAAUGAUAACCCUGAUGAUAAAAAAGAAUUUAGACCAUUUUUAAGAAAAUUAAAUGAAUUCAAAUUCUGGUUGUAUGCCAGUAGAGCCAUUUUGAUAUCAACAUUUUGCACCUUUUUUCCAUUUUUGGACAUACCAGUAUUUUGGCCCCUAUUACUUUUUUACUUCAUAUGUUUAUUUUUCGCAACCAUGAAAGAACAGGUAAAAAAUAUGAUCAGGUUUAAAUAUUUGCCUUUUAAUACAGCUACCAAACAGACGUACGGUUCUGUGGCGCGUGGAAAUAAAAACAAUAGAUAA